AAUCAUAAACUUAUAAUUUCAGAAUACAUUUUGUAUAAAGAUGUCUGAUUUGGAGAAUAUGAUAGAUGAUAAUCUGAGAUACUUGCUCAAGUUGUUGAAUAAGAAGAACAAAGGUGCCCUGAGAGCAUCAAGUAAAACUUUGCUGAGACGCAUAAAUGAGUUGGAGAAUACCUUCAAGGUUUGGAAGAUAUAUGAUGAAGUAGAUAAGAACACGCUGAGAACAAUAGCAGAUAUUAAAAUCAUUCAAGGAUUGAAAAUCUCUUCUCUUAUUGGUUGUGCUCGAGUGUAUAAAUACUUCAAAUACUUAUUCAAGAAACACGAGGAACUGGAAACUAUCCGUAUAUGUUAUACUGAGUGGAUUGCAGGGUUUUUAACUAAAAUUAUGAGGAGUGCAGAGGAUGAGGAGAAUAUCUUGUUGACUAUAUUCUCCAAUCUCAAUCUAAGAUCUAUUUCUCUUUAUUGUAUGAAGUCUAAAGGAGAUAUAUUCAGUUGUCUCCCCAGUACUCUCCCUAACCUAGAGAAGCUGUUCCUGAUUGAUUGGAGGUGGUUAUCAGUUAAAGGACUGAUUGAGAUAUUAAACAGAUCCAGGAGUAAUCUCAGAGUAUUACAUUUAUGUUAUUUACCUGGAGUAGAGGAAGAAGUAAACUCUCUUCCAAACCUUGAAAAACUGACCCUGUUUAGUUGUACAAAUCUGACAAAUAGAGGACUGAAGGAGAUACUGAGAAUAUCCAGGAAUCUCAGAGAAUUAGAUUUAUCAUAUUCUAACAUUACGGGGGUUGGAGUAGAGGAAGGAGUAAACUCUCUUCCAAACCUAGAAACACUGAAGCUGUUUGAAUGUAUAUAUCUGACAGAUGGAGGAUUGAAGGGUUUUCUGCGAUUGUUUGGGUGUAAGCUCAAAGUUCUAGAUAUAUCCCAGACUAAUAUAACAGGACAGGGAUUCAAGGAUGAAGUAAUAUCUCUCCCUAUGCUGGAGAAACUGAAUAUGGGUUGUUGUUAUAAUCUGACAGAUGGAGGACUGAAGGAGACCCUGAGAAUAUCUGGGAGUAGUAUCAGAGUUCUAGAUGUAUCUGCUACUAAUAUAACAGAGCAAGGAUUCCAGGAUGGAGUAUCUCUCCCUAUGCUGGAGGAACUAAACCUGGAAGAGUGUGACCAGCUGACUGAUUCAGGUCUCCUGGAGAUACUUAGUAUCACGGGAAGCAGAUUGAAGGGAGUGAAUGUAUAUGGAACCAAUAAUGAUAUCCAAAUAUCUACUACAGUGAAAAACGCUCUUUGUACCCAAUAUCCUUCUGUUCAAUUCAAAUUUGAAUAUGAUGAACCCUGGAUGGAUCAUUUCCCUUAGUGCAUUUUUUUAUUUUGAUAAUUUUCAAAAUCAAAAUAUAUUUCGGCCCAUU